AUGGGUUAUAGAUGUAUUCAAUGUGGUUUUCCAAUCAAAACACUUUAUCUUCAGUAUUCUCCGGGUAACAUUCGUUUGAUGAAAUGUGAGAAUUGCAAGGCUGUGGCAGAUGAAUACAUAGAAUGUGAAAUCACGAUUAUUAUAAUAGAUUUAAUACUUCACAAACCCAAGGCCUAUAGACAUCUUCUUUACAAUGUCAUCAAUCAAGAAACCUUGAAGUUUCAGGGACUGCUUUGGAAAUUGGCUGCCAUUUUUCUUCUUUUUGAUGCAUACAGAUAUUUGAUUUUGGAAAGCAGCAAAAGUAAAUCGAGUUCAUCAAUGAGCUACUCCUCACUAGUGUCAAUGUGUUGCAAGAUGAUGAUGGAUGUGUUCUUUGGAAACUUUAUCUUUCUUUUAACCUUCUUCUUUAUGGUAUGGGAAUUUCCAUCUUCUGUUAUGUUCAUCAUUGAAUUAUUUUGCUUAUCAUCUAAUGCAGUAGCAUUGAAAGUGAUGACGGAGUCAAGUAUGAGUCAAUGUGUAUGGACCUGCUUCAGUGCAUAUGCUAUCAAGUUUUUUUUCAUCCAGGCACAUGAACUUAUGUUGUUAUGGAAAUUUAUGCAAGGUUGGAAUCAAAUCCCAUUCACAUUGUCUUUAAAGUCGACAUUUAUUUAA